UUUCCAUAGCCCAAACACUUCACAUACUUUCUAUAAUUAGCUUUUGUUUUCUUCUCAAUUACGCAAGUGUUGUGAAUUGUUGCCUUCCAUCGAUCGACGACGAAAUGGCUCGCUCUUUCUCCAACGCCAAGCUCGUCUCCGCCUACGUCGCCGACAGGGUCUCCGUCGCUGUGAGGCGCGGGUACGCCGCGGCGGCGGCGUCGCAGGGAAAAGUGUCCGGCGGCGGGGUGAUGAAGAAGGCUGGAGAAGCGUCGAGAAAGGAAACUUCGUGGGUGCCGGACCCCGUCACCGGGUACUACCGGCCGGAGAAUAUCGCGAAGGAGAUGGACGCGGCGGAGAUGAGAGCGGCUCUGCUCAACAACAAAAUUAGACGAAACUGAAAAGUAUUUUUGAUUGCUUGAGAUUACUCGUGUUUGGAUCCGCCCAUGAUGGAUUCUUGAAGUUAUAUUAAAGAAAAGGGAAAAUAUUCCAGUUCUAUAGAAUUUAUAAAAUUAUAAUAUGAGCUGAUGAGUUAAUCUCUUUUAUGUGAU